CUUCGGCCGGAAGCGGAAGUCCCGCUCGGAGGGUUCAGUAGCGGCGGGGAGUUGAGGGCCCUGGAGGUGUUCGGAUACACGUGGAGCUGCGGUGGGCGGGCAGCGGCCAGACAGCCGGAGGCGGCGGCGGCGGCGGCGAGGGGCACCCUUUUGUAGCCGCGGAGACCUAGGGCUCCUCUGCCUCCUCCGGCGGGUGUGAACGUGCGCUUUGCGGGAUGGAUACUCCCCCGCUCUCAGGUUCAGAUUCCGAUUCUGAUGACUCUGUGGUCACCGACCGAGAGUUGCAGGACGCGUUUUCCCGAGGGCUCUUGAAGCCAGGCCUCAACGUGGUGUUAGAGGGGCCGAAGAAGGCCGUGAACGACGUGAAUGGCCUGAAGCAGUGUCUGGGCGAAUUUAAGCGGGAUCUGGAGUGGGUUGAAAGGCUCGACGUGACCCUGGCUCCGGUACCGGAAGUCACUGCCCCUCAGUCAGCCUCCCAGAACAAGGAUCCGAAAGCUGUUGAUCCAGAAGACGACUUCCAGCGUGAGAUGAGCUUCUACCGUCAGGCUCAGGCAGCAGUGCUUGCGGUACUGCCCCGCCUCCAUCAGCUCAAAGUCCCUACCAAGCGGCCCACCGACUAUUUUGCAGAGAUGGCCAAGACCGAUCAGCAGAUGCAGAAGAUUCGACAGAAGCUGCAGGCUAAACAGGCCGCCAUGGAGAAGUCAGAAAAGGCUAAGCAACUGCGAGCACUCAGGAAAUACGGAAAGAAGGUGCAAACAGAGGUCCUUCAGAAGCGGCAGCGGGAGAAAGCCCACAUGAUGAGCGCCAUCAAGAAGUACCAGAAAGGCUUCUCUGACAAGCUGGACUUCCUCGAGGGAGAUCAGAAGCCUGUUGCACGGAGCACGAAGGACGGAGCCAAGGGCCAGCAGAUGAAGAGGGGGCCCAAUGCCAAACGACGCUAUAAAAACCAGAAGUUUGGUUACGGUGGGAAGAAGAAAGGCUCCAAGUGGAAUACUCGAGAGAGCUAUGACGAUGUGUCCAGCUUCCGGGCCAGGACCGCUCACGGCAAGGGCCUCAAGAGACCUGGAAAGAAAGCGUCAAAUAAGAGACCUGGAAAGCGGACACGGGAGAAAAUGAAGAGCAAGAACAGAAGCCGCUGAGUAAACAGCGCGUUUAUAUGGAAAGACCAGGAGAAAGGGGUGGAGACGUGGGGUUUCACUGUACAGUUGGACUCCUUCUGUUGGUUUCUUGUUGUAAAAAUUCCUUCGAUAAACGAAAGAAAAAUUUUUAGAAGAAAUAUGUAUUCUCGGUUAAAAACUCAGGACUAAAGAUUUAGACGUGACCUUUACACAUUAAAUAAUACUGCUGGUGAUCCAUCGUCAACACGUGAGUCGUGUGAACGUCGAGAAGGUGGACCCGGGCCAGACCGCUGGGCCUGACCCCUCGCUCUGCGGCUUCCUUGCAGUGUGACGUGGGGCAAGCUGAUUUUUCCGUGCUUUGUUGCCUUUCUGUAGACAUGAUAAACAAACCAAGGAGGGGUCCCGUCA